AUAUUCUGAAUGGAGUCAAUGGACUGGUCCUUGUCCUGCCACAUGUGGAAGUAGCGCAGAAAAGACUCAGACCAGGAACCGACGGUGUGACAACCCGCCUCCAUCAGGUGGUGGCGCAAACUGUGCUGGACCCUUGAGCGAGACAGUCAGAGUGAACUGUGGAUUGAUCGAUUGUGCAACUGCUAUUAUAAAUAACAUGAGAGAUGUAACUGUCCUUUCUGGCACAAACCCACAAUUGGCAACAUUUGUCAAUCCUCCAGGUGUCACUAAUGGCGUUUGGAGGAGGGAAGGAGUUGACCUGACAGGUGAUAACAGGUAUACGAAAAAUACAAUCGGAUCUCUACAGUCACUGACAAUACCAAAUGUGCAGACCUCUCAAGCAGGACAGUACAGUUAUUCAGUUGAUGGAGCAACCACACAGGCUACACUUACGGUGUUAGGACGAAUGGAUAAUUUGUCGAGGAGUGUGGGCGGUUCUCAAAGCUUUCUUGUGAACGUAUCCCCUGGUGCAACAGCUGGAGCUUGGUUUAGGAACGGCGUGCCGCUUACUAGUGGUGCCAAGUUAUUCAAUUACACAGAACACUGGUACUUUAAGACGAAUGACUGUUCAAAAUAUCCAAACAUCGGAUUCCGGGGAGUAUGUCUAUGUGGUGAAUGGCGUAGAGUCCAAGGGAUACUUGACAGUGAUAGAAACGGCAGUGAAUGGGGGAUUUUCUGAAUGGAGUCAAUGGACUGGUCCUUGUCCUGUCACAUGUGGAAGUAGCGCAGAAAAGACUCAGACCAGGAACCGACGGUGUGACAACCCGCCUCCAUCAGGUGGUGGCGCAAACUGUGCUGGACCCUUGAGCGAGACAGUCAGAGUGAACUGUGGAUUGAUCGAUUGUGCAAUUGAUGGUAGUUGGCAACCAUGGCAGGGAUGGACUGAAACUUGCCUCGCCACGUGUGGCGUGGAUGUGAGAGGAAUACAACAGAGGGAAAGAGGAUGCAAUGAACCUUCUCUAGGUGGAAGGCAGUGUUUCGGCGAAAGUCUUCAGACCAGAUUUUCAUUAUGCACUGUACCAUCAUGCUCUGUUGACGGUGGAUUUACAGAGUGGACUUCUUGGAGCAACCCUCCUUGUGGUGUGACAUGUAACCACCAAGCCACCAGAAGCAGGACCUGCACCAACCCAGCUCCACUGAAUGGCGGCAGAAACUGCACAGGGCCGUAUGAUGAGAUUCGUAAUGUGAACUGUGGUCUCCCAGCGUGCCCAAAGGGCAAUUGGAGAUUUUGGGAGGAAUGGACAGAGACAUGCUCAGCUACGUGCGGUUCUGGUGUCACGGAAAUGAAAUCCAGAACGAGAACCUGCUAUGACCCAUCCGGGACUGAUUGUCCUGGACCAAGCAAUCAGACAGAGGUGUCACGGUGUAGCCUCCAAGACUGCACAGAGGGCAAUUGGAGAUUUUGGGAGGAAUGGACAGAGACAUGCUCAGCUACGUGCGGUUCUGGUGUCACGGGAAUGAAAUCCAGAACGAGAACCUGCAAUGACCCAUCCGGGACUGAUUGUCCUGGCCCAAGCAAUCAGACAGAGGUGUCACGGUGUAGCCUCCAAGCCUGCACAGAGGGCAGUUGGAGAUUUUGGGAGGAAUGGACAGAGACAUGCUCAGCUACGUGCGGUUCUGGUGUCACGGGAAUGAAAUCCAGAACGAGAACCUGCAAAAACCCAUCCGGGACUGAUUGUCCUGGACCAAGCAAUCAGACAGAGGUUUCACGGUGUAGCCUCCAAGCCUGCACAGAACCGGGCAGGCCCUUGUUGAGCGACGGGUAUUUUGUGUGGAGGUUGGUUAUUAUAAUAACACAGGGGAGGGAGUCACCUCGCCUACUACACCACAGCGAAGACUCCACACAAAUUCUUCGGACAUUUUCGUACCUGUUCCCCAUUCUAAAAUGUUUCGAGACUUUUCGGAUACACGUGAACAUUGGAUUUAAUACACGAAAGAUAAUCAUGAAGUUUGCAACGUGGACGUUAAUCGCUGCAUGGAUUGCAUUUUUGUGUGUCACCUCUACAACAUCGCAGAUCACAGAUGGUUGUACUGGGGCAUACACAGUUUACUUUGUCGUAGAUGGAUCGGAGAGUAUCAGUAAUUCCAGUUAUGAGGAAGUUAGGAAUGCGUUGAUAGCUUUUGUGAAUGAAAGUAUCAGCAGCAACAGCAACACACGAGUUGGGGUCGUGGUAUACAGCGAUAAUGUGUAUGCUGUCAUCAACGCAUCCUCUAACAUCAACUUACUAACGAAUGAAAUUCGGGUGGUUGGACAUCCGAGCUCAGGAACAUUCACUCAUCUUGGUAUAAGGAGAGCAAAAGCUCUUUUAGACGCUGAAACUUCUGGUAACCCACACAUCAUGAUUGUGAUGACCGAUGGUUUGUCAAACUAUCCACAAGAUACUAAAGAUGCUGCUUUAGAGACGAAGAACUCUGGGAUAAGAGUGUUUGCUGUUGGUGUAAAUCCUUUGCUUAACUUCCCAUCAUCACCAUACAAGAGACGUUAUGAGCAGGAGUUGGUGGAUAUUGCCUCGGAUAAUUCAACAGCAAUUCAAAUCGAAGAUUUCAGCAAUUUACUCAAUACUGUCCAAGGCAUUGUCCAAAGCUUGUGCCGUGACAUUGUGUCUGUCGUCAGUCGCCCGGUCAGCAUUACACGCUUGGUUAAUAGCCCGGCAUCAUUCACAGUAGGCUUCAACCGACAACCAACAGGAGGCUCCUGGAUAAAAUUAACACCAAGUAGAAUCGACUUGACUACUGAUAACAGAUUCCAAAAAACUGCCAACGGUUUAGACAGGUCACUGGCCUUAGGCUCUGUAGUACUCUCAGAUGGUGGAACAUAUACAUAUUCCGUUGGCAGCCUGAGUCCUCAAGCCAUGUUAACUGUGUUCACCCCUUUAUCUAACGUCACAAGCAGCAUUGGACAGAGCGCCAUUUUUGAGACUCAGGUUACCCCAACCGAGGCAGCUGACGGCUUCUGGUUGAAAGAUGGUGUACGUGUGGAUACAUUCAAUUCGAGAUAUACCAUCACGAAGACGGCUACCGGACGAAGACUGGUUGUGAAUAAUGUUCAAAGUUCUGAUCAAGGAGAAUAUACCUUUAAUCUGAAUGGUGUCACGACAAGAGGAUUCCUGUCUGUCCGAGCUGCUAUUACAAAUAACAUGAGAGAUGUAACUGUCCUUUCUGGCACAAGCCCACAAUUGACAACAUUUGUCGAUCCUCCCGGUGUCACUAAUGGCGUUUGGAGGAGGGACGGAGUUGACCUGACAGGUGAUAACAGGUAUACGAAAAAUACAAUCGGAGCCCUACAGUCACUGACAAUACCAAAUGUGCAGACCUCUCAAGCGGGACUGUACAAUUAUUCAGUUGAUGGAGCAAGCACACAGGCUACACUUACGGUGUUAGGGCUAAUGAAUAAUUUUACGAGGAGUGUGGGCGAUUCUCAAAGCUUUCUUGUGAACGUAUCCCCUGGUGCAACAGCUGGAGCUUGGUUUAGGAACGGCGUGCCGCUUACUAAUGGUGCAAAGUAUUCAAUUACACAGAACACUGGUACUUUAAGACGCAUUACUGUUCAAAAUAUCCAAACAUCGGAUUCCGGAGAGUAUGUCUAUGUGGUGAAUGGCGUAGAGUCCAAGGGAUACUUGACAGUGAUAGUAACGGCAGUGAAUGGGGGAUUUUCUGAAUGGGGUCAAUGGACUGGUCCUUGUCCUGUCACAUGUGGAAGUACCGAACAAAAGACUCAGACCAGGACCCGACGGUGUGACAACCCGCCUCCAUCAGGUGGUGGCGCAAACUGUGCUGGACCCUUGACCGAGUCAGUCAGAGUGAACUGUGGACUGAGCGAUUGUGCAAUUGAUGGUAGUUGGCAACAAUGGCAGGGAUGGACAGAAACUUGCCUCGCCACGUGUGGCGUGGGUGUAAGAGGAAUACAACAGAGGGAAAGAGGAUGCAAUGAACCUGUUCUCGGUGGAAGGCAGUGUUUCGGCGAAAGUCUUCAGACCAGAUUUUCAAUAUGCACUGUACCAUCAUGCGCUGUUGACGGUGGAUUUACAGAGUGGACUACUUGGAGCAAUCCUCCUUGUGGUGUGACAUGUAACCUACUAGCCACCAAGAGUAUCUCCAGAAGCAGGACCUGCACCAACCCAGCUCCAUUGAAUGGAGGCAGAAACUGCACAGGGCCGUAUUCUGAGUUUCUUAAUGUGAACUGUGGUCUUCCAGCGUGCCCAAUCAAUGGUGGGGUAACAGAUUGGGGAGACUGGUCCCCCCCUGCAUGUUCCCAGACAUGUGGUGUGGGUGUCACUGGAUUUUCCAUUCGUCAGCGACAAUGCACUAACCCCCCACCAACGAAUGGUGGAGCAGAUUGUACUGAACCAUUACAAGAAACAAGCAACAGACCCUGUUCUAUUCCUGUCUGUCCGACGGACGGUGGGUUCACUCCCUGGAGUGGUUGGAGCCCAAUAGUGUGUUCCGCAACAUGCGGUACUGGUCAAACCGCCACGGUCACCAGGAGGAGGACCUGCACUAAUCCACCUCCACAGAAUGGUGGGAGAAACUGUCAGGGCAGCUUCGACGAGUCCCUUAUUGUAAGCUGUGGUUUCGCUCCUUGUCCAGUUGAUGGAGUUUUUAGUCCGUGGACGCCAUGGGAAAACGCAACAGCAUGUUCGCCAACAUGUGGUACCGUUGCAACAAGGCAAAUGACCAGAAGAAGAUUUUGUAACAAUCCUUCCCCUUCUAAUGGUGGUAGAAACUGCACCGGGGCGUAUGACGAUAGAAUCGUUGUGAACUGCUUCAUCAACCCAUGUCCGAUUGAUGGGGGUCUAACUCCAUGGACUGAGUGGAGUGGACCUGCCUGUUUACAGACAUGUGGUCCAACAUUUACAAGGACGGUGACCAGAACCAAAUCCUGCACUAACCCUACACCACUCAACGGUGGGCGGGACUGUUCACUACUUGGAAGUACAUUUCAGGCGGAAACAAGAAGCUGCAAUCUUCCUAACUGCCCAAUUGAUGGAGGCCUCACGCUGUGGACCCAAUGGAGCAAUCCCCCAUGUCCACUUACAUGUGGUAGUUUUGCUACUAAAGCUGUGGACCGGAGAAGAACCUGUACAAACCCUACCCCAGCCUUUGGUGGUGCUGAUUGCCCGGAACAAAACCGUUUUGAGAGUAGAACUACAUCAUGUUUACUUCCGGAUUGCGGAGUUGAUGGAGGUUACACACAGUGGACGCUAUGGAGUAAUCCUCAAUGUACACAGACGUGUGGUCCAACUCUAACUGGGCAGGUGUCUAGAUUCAGAACAUGCACCAACCCAGCACCACGAAACAAUGGCAGAAAUUGUUCAUUGCUUGGAGAACCAUCUCAGUUUUCCAACAGGAACUGUGGUCUUCCAUCCUGUCCAAUUGAUGGAGGUCUCACUCUAUGGACUGAGUGGAGUGGUCCUCUGUGUCAAGUGACAUGUGGCUCAUCCACCAGGAGAUUGACCAGAACCAGAACUUGUACCAACCCAUUACCAGCUUUUGGUGGACGCGACUGUACUUUCCUUGGCACUACAUUUGAUACGAGGACGAUCAGCUGUAAUCUUCCUAAUUGUCCAAUCAACGGCACCUUCACACAGUGGGGACCAUGGGACAAUCCGGCGUGUGGUGCGACGUGUGGACAGACAGCUACAAAGACAGUGAGAAGAACUCGGAUCUGCCUCCCCCCUCAGUUUGGUGGAUUUAACUGUCUGGGACCACUCAGCGAGACUCAAGAAGUUUCCUGUGGGCUCGGUCGAUGUCCUUUGGAUGGAGGUUACUCACUGUGGACGGAAUGGAGUGGCGUUGCAUGUGCAGGUACCUGUGGUACAUCGUACACGAGAACAGUGACCAGAGUUAGAACAUGUAACAACCCAGUACCUGCCAACAAUGGCCGCGACUGUAGCCAACUUGGGCCUGCGACAGAAUCAGUCGGAAGGCUUUGUACUCUAACACCUUGCCCAAUUGAUGGAGGCUUCACUCCGUGGGCCCAAUGGAACAUUCCUUCAUGUGGACGCACGUGUGGUACUUUUGUCACCAGAACAGUCACUAGAAACAGAACUUGUACCAACCCAUCACCUCAGUUCGGAGGUGCGUCAUGCACCGGCGAAGUAUCACAAAGUGAGGUCAGGAAUUGUGGACUUCCCUCUUGCCCAAUUGAUGGAGGCUAUGGUGCUUGGAGUCCAUGGAACAACCCGGUGUGUAACGUUACCUGUGGACGGUUGGCCACCAAGCAGAUCGCUAGAAGCAGAAGCUGUAACAACCCUACACCAUCGGCUGGUGGUGCCCCGUGUUCAGGGCCUGCUAUAGAGUUCAACAUCGUCAACUGUAAUCUUGGCGCGUGUCCUAUUGACGGAGGGAUAACGCAGUGGACUCAGUGGGUCGUGCAGCCAUGUUCUGUAACAUGUGGACAAGGGGUGACUACAGGUGCCUCGAGAACAAGGACUUGCACCAACCCCACCCCGGCUUUUGGUGGGGCCGAUUGUACAGAAACUCGCGUGGCUACAGAAAGGAGAUCGUGCAGUAUUCCGAGAUGCCCAAUUAAUGGUGGUUUCAACCAAUGGUCCCCGUGGGAUAACCCAACCUGCUCUGCAACAUGUGGAUCUUCCAUCACAAGAACACUCACGAGAAGAAGGCAGUGUAUCAACCCUUUCCCACAGUUCAAUGGUAGAAACUGUACAGGAUCGUACGUGGAACAGGAAAUAAGAAGCUGUAAUUUUAAUGCUUGUCCGAUCGAUGGCGGAUACACGCCAUGGGGAGAGUGGGCUAUUCCUGCUUGCCCUGCAACGUGUGGAAUCUCGGUCAAUAGAACCGUCACCAGAAGACGAUUUUGCACCAACCCCCCGCCUCAGUUUAAUGGUGCACCGUGUGUUGGAAAUCCCACACAAACGGAAAUCAGGAGCUGCAAUCUUCAAAACUGCCCAGGUGAUGGCUUUUACACCCAAUGGAACAGCUGGGAAAUUCCAUCUUGCGGUGUAACAUGCGGGUUUACUUUGACGAGGACAGUCACCAGACGGAGAACAUGUAUUCCGCCUACGAACGGCGGACUUCAGUGUGAAGGGCCAGCCAUUCAGACGUUGCUAAGAAGUUGUGAUCUUCCCAACUGUCCAAUCAAUGGUGGUCUCUCGCAAUGGUCACAGUGGUCCCAACCCAACUGCCCAGACAGGUGCGGAGCAAGCGCGACAGUAACAAUAACAAGAACUCGACAGUGCAACAACCCAGUUCCCCAAUUUAAUGGACAAGCUUGCAUCGGGUCCGUUUUUCAACCUCAGCAAUUCACCUGUGUUCUACCGGGAUGUCCAGUUAAUGGCGCAUAUACCCCGUGGAGUCAAUGGGCGGGUACUUCCUGUGAUCGAACCUGCGGGAUUGACGUAUUUCGGGAACUCUCAAGAUACAGAAAUUGUACCAACCCACCUCCUUCUAAUGGAGGGUUGGACUGUGUCGGAUCUCCGGCUGAGUAUACAAGAACGGUCUGCACUGUUCCCAGAUGUCCAAUUAAUGGUGGAAUAUCCCCAUGGAGUCAGUGGAUUGAUUCCGCAUGUCCUGUGACGUGUGGUACUGGCCUCAGGACAGUGAACAGAUACAGAACAUGCACACAGCCUUCACCUCGCUAUGGUGGCGCUAACUGUACUGAUAGCAGACAGGAGACUAUUAACAGGCCAUGUACAGGACCAAUCUGUCCAGUCGACGGAUUUUUUACACAAUGGACCCAGUGGGCGGGGACAUGUACGGAAACCUGUGGCCCCGCUUCAUUGACCAGGGUGGAAACUAGGACCAGGACAUGCACGGAACCGACCAAUGGAGGACUGGCAUGUUCCGGGUCUCGCCAGGAGUCUCGGACGCAGGCAUGCAAUUUGCCAAGAUGUUCAGUGAAUGGACAACCAGGACCAUGGUCAGAAUGGACACUGCAGUCAUGCUCAGUCAGCUGUGGUAUAGAUGCUACUAGAACACAAUCAAGAACAAGGCAGUGCAACAAUCCGUCGGCAGCAUUUGGAGGAAGUCCUUGCUCCGAAUCUCUAUUUGACUCAAGAACUACAAACUGCGGACUUCAACCAUGCCCCAUCAAUGGAGGGUUUACGCAGUGGACGGAGUGGUCUAACCCUCCCUGCCCCGGGACCUGUGGGACUGCCUUCAAGACUGUGACCAGACGAAGGUCCUGCACAAAUCCACCUCCGCAGUUCAAUGGAGCCACGUGUGUUGGACUCUCGACGGAAACUACCACGCUACGCUGCAACAAUACAAAUUGUCCAGUUGAUGGAGGGAUAUCUCCGUGGACUCAGUGGACCAAUGUUCCUUGCCCUGCUACGUGUGGCUUGGUAUCAAAGAUUGACAUCAGGACCAGAACCUGCACAAACCCGAAUCCCCAGUUCGGCGGACGGGAGUGUUCUGAAACGAGGUUCGAGACCCGAUCGAUAGUCUGUCUCAACAAUCUUUGCCCAAUCGAUGGAGGCUUGUCCAACUGGGCCCCGUGGUCUCAACCAGCAUGUCCGGUCACGUGCGGCACGAGCUCAUUGUCACGCACGAGAGAGAGAUUCUGCAACAACCCCACGCCUGCUGGUGGAGGACGAGCGUGUACACAAACGUUGCGUGAAACGGGGACACUCAUAUGUGGAACUGACGCUUGUCCGAUUGAUGGAAAUGUCACUCCUUGGGGAAGUUGGUCGCCACCUAAUUGUGUUGGAACUUGUGGAUUAAACACCACUGCAUCAGUUCAAAGGACGAGGACUUGUACUAAUCCUGCUCCAAGUCGCGGAGGACGAUUUUGCCCUCAACCACUUUUCGAGACAACCGAUUUCAACUGUGUUGUUCCCAGCUGUCCAAUUGAUGGAGGCGUAACUCCAUGGACACAAUGGGCAGGUGCUGCGUGUGUCUGUAGUGGUGUGAACACGCGAACCUUGACAAGGACCAGGAGUUGUACAAACCCAGUACCAAGCAACGGGGGACGACAGUGCACUGACACUCUGUUCGCUUCAGAGACGAGGAACUGUGACGUCAGUAGCUGCCCAGUGGACGGGAAUGUCAGUGCCUGGAGUGAAUGGGUCGACCAGGCAUGCACACAGACUUGUGGGACCUCUGCCACCAGAUCAAGAUUACGAACAAGAACAUGCACCAACCCUCCACCUAUCAAUGGGGGAACCGGAUGCUCAGACCCACUCACAGAAACAAUAAGCAACAGCUGUAACCUUGGACCCUGCCCAAUUGAUGGUGGAGUGACACAAUGGACACAGUGGACUACCCCUGCGUGUUCAAGAACCUGCGGUCCUGGACUAAGAUCGAGGACAAGAAGCAGGACAUGCACCAAUCCAACCCCAGCUUUUAAUGGAAAGACAUGUACAGAACUGCUGGAAGAUAACGAUGUAGUCAACUGCACUGACCGAAACUGCCCUGUCGACGGCGGUUACACACCCUGGACUGAUUGGACGAAUCCCGCGUGUUCCCGUACAUGUGGCAAUGCAACCAGGCUGAUCAAUCGAUUCAGGUCGUGUACCAACCCUACACCAGCAUUUGGGGGAGCAGUAUGCACAGGACUUUCAGUUGAAACUAGUACUGUCAAUUGCAACAACCCAGCUUGUAUAGUCAAUGGUGCCUUUACGGAAUGGUCAUCAUGGGUUACAACCCCCUGUCCCCUCACAUGUGGAAACGUGAACCAACGUCAGUAUCGAUUCAGAAGUUGUAACAACCCACCUGCCGCAUUCGGUGGCCUGGACUGUGUCGGGAAUAGCUUUGACACAAACUUAGUGAGAUGUCUUGUGCCCUCGUGUCCAGUUGACGGAGGUUUGACGCUGUGGAGCGUAUGGAGUAAUCCCCCAUGUGGUCUCACAUGUGGACGGACCGCAACAAAAACUGUAUCAAGAUUAAGGAGCUGCACAAAUCCCGCACCAAGCGCCGGUGGCAGACCGUGUACAGAACCCACUACUGAAACUGACCAGAGAAACUGCAAUCUCCCUGACUGCGCUGUUAAUGGUGGCAUCAGUCAAUGGAAUCAGUGGGUCGAUAUUCCUUGUCCUGCGACGUGUGGACCUUCACUCACCAAGACUGUCAUCAGGUUCCGGACAUGUUCCGCCCCCUACCCGCAGAAUAAUGGACUAGACUGUACUCAGUCUCGGAAUGAGACUCAGGUCAGAAGCUGUGGCCUUCCCGCCUGUCCAAUAAACGGAGGAUACACACCGUGGACCACGUGGCUUCAACCAAACUGCUUUAGGACCUGUGGACGCAAUGAAACUACAGUUGCAACACGGUCAAGAGCCUGCACCAACCCGAGGCCCUCCGCAGGGGGAGAGCCAUGCUCAGGCAGCACAUUUGAACAAGACACAAGGGAGUGUAACCUGCCCGAGUGCCCAAUCAAUGGAGGUAUAUCGCAAUGGAGUCAGUUUGACAACCCCGAAUGUCCUGUCACGUGUGGAGCUUCUGCCACGAAGUUUGUCACCAGAAGAAGGACCUGCACAAAUCCAACCCCACGUUUCGGUGGCGCCAACUGUACAGAAACAAGAACAGAAACGACGCCACGGAAUUGCCUUCUUCAGGGUUGUCCAGUUAAUGGAGGCUUUACACUGUGGUCCCUUUGGGAUGAGCCUGCUUGUCAAGUCACGUGUGGGGUUGCCUUUAGGACUGGAACGCGAAGAAGGAAUUGUACCAAUCCAACUCCAAGUUUUGGUGGAUUAAGUUGUGUUGGAUCAGAUUUUGAGACACGAAGGCAGAACUGCUUCCUUCCUGUAUGCCGCGUUGACGGUGGAAUAUCUGUGUGGGGACCGUGGGAGGACCCACCAUGCUCCGUUACAUGCGGUGUCGGAAACAGGAUCAGAACUCGAUACAGAUUCUGCAACAACCCCACUCCUCAGAAUGGCGGCAGAAACUGCACAGACGCGAGGACACAGACCCUCUUCCAGACAUGCAGUGGUAGCAACUGCCCAGUUGAUGGAGGCUUUACGCAAUGGACACCAUGGACUCAGCCAGCAUGCCCAGUCACGUGUGGUCGGGAAGCUACUAAGAUCGUCACGCGAACCAGGACCUGUACUCUCCCAUCACCAGGCAAUAACGGCCGGGAUUGUGUAGGGGAACGUUUGCAAUACAAUACAACGAACUGCAACAAUGAUCCAUGUCCAAUUCAUGGUGGCUAUAGUCCGUGGGCGCCUUGGAAUAAUCCAUCCUGUGCUAGUACCUGCGGAACCGGAGUUACGCGCACGCUCCUCAGAACCAGACUGUGCAAUAAUCCAGCGCCAGCAUUUGGAGGGUUAAACUGCAUCGGGAUAAGCCUAGAAACCGAUGCCAGAGUCUGUUCACUCCCUCUGUGCCCAAUCAAUGGGGGUAUUUCGGUGUGGACCCAAUGGACAAAUCCUGGUUGCACAGUUACAUGUGGCACUGGAGCAACCAGAACCGUCACCAGAGAACGAACCUGUACUAAUCCUGUACCGCGGUACAAUGGAUUACAAUGUACCGAGACAGUGAGGUUUCAGAGUAUCCAGAGAAGCUGCGGACUUCCACCAUGUCCACUUGAUGGUGGCUUUUCUCCGUGGUCGUCGUGGGACAAUCCUCCCUGUGGCGCUACAUGUGGUCCUAGAGCUAUUAGAACUCUCGCCCGAAUAAGAACUUGUACCAAUCCAGCUCCUCAAGUUGGUGGUGCCAACUGCACUGGUCUUUACAGGGACACAGAGGUCAGAGCCUGCGGUCUUCCUCUUUGCCCAAUCAAUGGGGGCUUGACCCUAUGGUCGCAGUGGACAGAGCCCGCAUGCUCAAGAACCUGUGGACCUGGAACACGGACAAUAACCAGGGAGAGAACAUGUACUAAUCCAACACCUAGGGACGGUGGUAGAAACUGCACAGGGAAUUUGAUUGAAGUACAGAGCGGUGUUCCGUGUUUCCUACGAGGCUGUCCAGUUAAUGGUGGCGUAUCGCCCUGGGGAUCGUGGAGCCCCCCACAGUGCACUGUCAGUUGUGGGUCAACCGCCACAUCACCUGUCCUCAGACUACGAAACUGUACCAGCCCCUCUCCGUCGAAUGGAGGGGCAUUUUGUACUGAGCCUUUGCAAGAGACUGCCACUCAGAACUGCGGUUUAAAUCCAUGUCCAAUUGAUGGCAGCUUCUCUAAUUGGUCCCCAUGGAACAACCCCGUGUGUCCUGCAACUUGUGGACCAGGCAUCACAAGGACAUUUGUCAGAAGUAGGGUCUGCAACAAUCCAUCUCCAAGUUUUGGUGGGGCAAACUGUACAGGCCCUACAAAUGAGUUGGACACAAGGAGCUGCAACCUUCCCCAAUGUCCCAUUAACGGUGGAAUAUCACAAUGGUCUCAGUGGUCCAACGUAGACUGUCCGGUUACUUGUGGAAUAUUAGCAACCAAAAUACCGACCAGAACAAGAACAUGUACCAACCCUCGCCCACAGUUUGGAGGCAGAGAAUGCACACAAUCUACCUUUGAAACAAAAAGCGAAAGCUGCAACCUUGGUUCAUGUCCAGUUAACGGAGGAUAUAACCAAUGGACUCCGUGGUCAGAUCCUCCCUGUGGACUCACCUGUGGGACAACAGCCACCAAAUCGGUGACGAGAACCAGACAGUGUAAUAAUCCAACACCUGCGUUCGGUGGAGCCAACUGUGUGGGACCAGCCUUUGACACCAAAACAACUAACUGCAGACUAUCAAAUUGCCCAAUCAACGGCGGUUACUCCCCCUGGGGAGAAUGGAGUGUUGGUGCCUGUCCAAGGACAUGUGGAACUGCUUCCAGGACCUACACCAGAGUUAGGGUCUGUAACACCCCAUCACCUCAGUUUGGGGGACGCGACUGUUCCCUUCUCGGGUCUUCAACCUCGACUGAAACCAGACCAUGCACCUUACCUCUAUGUCCAAUUGAUGGAGGAAUCAGUCAGUGGGAACAAUGGGCAGGACCCGCCUGUCCUGAAACGUGUGGACCCUCAACACGUACCCGCACUGUUAUCAGGUUAAGAACUUGCACCAGUCCUGCGCCUCUAAACGGCGGCCGGGAAUGUCCAGAGAGUAGAAGUGAGACACAGGAAAGAUCUUGCGGACUUUCAUUAUGUCCAGUUAAUGGAGGAUUAACCAUGUGGGGACCAUGGGGGCCACCGUCAUGCACUGUGUCAUGUGGAGCCGGAGCUACAGGGUUAAGCACCAGAAUUCGAAGCUGCACCAACCCAAGACCUUCCAAUGGAGGCGCUUUUUGUACCGACACGUUGAUCGCUACCAAAUUCGCCAGUUGUAAUCUCAACAAUUGUCCAAUUGAUGGCAAUUGGACACCUUGGACACCUUGGCUGGAUGCAGGGUGUCCACAAACAUGUGGUGCCGAUGUCACGAGAGAAAACUACAGAGUACGAACCUGUUCCAACCCCUCCCCGCGGAACGGAGGAAGGAACUGCACUGGCUCUGAUAGAGAAUCGUUUCAGCGCAACUGUGGUUUAAGCCAUUGUCCAGGACAAGUUGAAGGCAUUUGUCGGGACACAGUGAACGUCAAGGGCGUGGGAUAUCGUUACCACCCCGAAGACUGUGAUAAGUACAUCAUGUGCUACUACAAUACUACUAGUGACGUUGUUGCUGUCUUCAAAUCAUGUCCAUUUGGUUACUACUGGGACCAGACACUUCUCAGAUGCGACCGCUCAUGGAAGGUUAAAUGCCCCCUUGAAAAAUGCAACUCCGACUGUGAGCCUAUCUACGACAUGGAUGGCAGCUGUCGUGCAUACUGGGCAUGCACCAACGGGACAUCAGAGGCACAGUGUUGCAGUACAGGUUACAGGUUCAUGCCAGGGAGAGGAUGUAUGCCCGAUCCUUUCUGUACAGACCCUUGUCCUGUGCCGUGCUUAGAUGGCAAAGAAUCCUGUGACAAGCGCCCCGUUUGGAACGCCAGAACCUCCUAUGCCAUUCAAGCUGGUUCCAUUGGAUGGAUGAAUAGUGACUGUCCAUUUGGACAGGUCUAUGACAUUGCUAAAUGCCAGUGUGUUUCCCAAACACCAUCAUGCCCCCUUGCCUCCUCGGCCGAGUUCAACACUGCCAAUCCAACCGGCUGGAUCAUUCAAAACGCUCCUAUACGCAUUAAUCAAUAUGGUAGCUUUAACGGAAACAGCUUUGUUUCAACCAACCAAGACCUGAGUCGCGGAUCCAACACAGCAUCAAGUAUAGCUCUUCGUUUCCGAUACAGAGAGAACACGCCUGUUGCAUCAAGACAACUGCUAGCAAAAAGCGUAGAAUGUGCUGACUGUAAGAAUGCUAGUUCACUUGUAAUGUAUCUUGAACCGUCGGCGGUGCGUGUUGAGAUGUCGACAUGGAGGGGUGGAGUGGUCCGACUUCUUGCAUCAACAUCGGGCUUCCCAACCAGUGAGUGGAAGACUGUGACACUGCUAUAUGAGGCAUCGGCUCUGACUGUGGUGAUUCAGACCACGAACUACGAAUACAUCAACAGGGAAUCGGCUCCUGACGCAAUUCUGAUGACAUGUGGUUUCACCUUGGGAGGAGAUGGAUCUGCAACAGGUGGCUUUACAGGGGACGUCGACUAUAUACGGUAUUAUAGGUGCAAGCCUACAGAUUUCUACUAGGCAACACAGUGCCAACUUGCCAUUUCUUAGUUACAGGAACUGAGGCACCUCGCCAUGAUAUCACAAAACAUACACCGAUCCUUAAAGACAUACGUGCAUUACGUGCUAAGUGUGUGAUUCCGAUCGAAAUAUGAAUCACUUAUUUUUCAUUCUUAAUAGCUUAUGCUCAAUGAUAACAUAUAGUAGCAUUCAGUAUGAUAGACACUUACCAGUGCUAUGUAUAGGACAUACGGCAUGUGACAAUUGCCAUAUAUACCAAUUGCUUUACAGAAACCUCAAGUUAUAUGGCGAAUCUCUGCGAGAGAAAGACAAUGGUGCCAUGAUAGUUCCAACGUGAUAUUAGUAUUGUAUUGUUAUGAGAUUAGUUUGUACAGUACAUCGUUGAUCGAAUUGUUCUUACCUAUAUAAAGGCUGUAGUUUUGUCUUUAGAUAGGUGUUCUAUUGUGCUGUAGUUCAUGUAUGAUAUAUUGGUAGUGUUAUGACUCCAACACAUGAUAUCCAUUCCCACCUCCAAAUGAUACCAGAUCGAAUUGUAAUUUUGUUCUUAAACAUGUUGUUACCGAUUCGAAUAUUUAUUCAUAUAGUAUUUCAAUGGAUCUCAGUUGUUUUCCGAAGAUUGUUCUCCUGUUAAUGGUUCAUGCCGUAGAAAAAAUGUUGUCAUUUCCUGUUUGUGUUUCGCUAUUUUCAUAAUAAAAUGUUCCUAUUACAUCUAA